CACUGGAUCCAGGCUAUGAUGAAGGGAAAAAGUGAUCAGUCAGCAGCACAGUGACUUUACUGUGUGCUCAGACAGAGGGGGACUGUGCAGCCUGGACCCUCUCAGAGACCCCCUUUUUUAUUUAUUCGGAUGGCACUAGAUUAGAAAGACAAGAUUUCCUGCUUAUUUACAUAGUUGCUAUUUUGUUUCUUGGAUUGACAGCUACAAAAGAGAGAGAGGGGGAAAAAAUUAGACAUCAUCACUCUUGAAUGACAGAUUUGGACAAAGCUGUCCCCUUCUUAUCACACAGGAUGAGUGGAGGAGAAGUGGUCUAUUCUGGCUGGCUCAGGAAAUCUCCCCCUGAGAAGAAGUUAAGGCGAUAUGCAUGGAAGAAGCGUUGGUUUAUUUUGCGAAGUGGUCGGAUGAGUGGGGACCCGGAUGUUCUUGAAUAUUACAAGAAUGACCAUUCCAAGAAACCUAUUCGUGUGAUCAACCUGAGCUGUUGUGAACAGGUAGACGCAGGACUGACCUUUAACAAGAAGGAACUGCAAGACAGCUAUGUCUUUGACAUCAAGACCAGUGAUCGGACGUUUUAUCUUGUGGCGGAAACCGAGGAAGAAAUGAACAAGUGGGUCCGCAGUAUCUGUCAGAUCUGUGGCUUUAACCAGUCUGAGGAGAAUGCAGAUUCCUUACGAAAUAUUUCAACUAUGAACCAUGGUCCCAGGUCAUCGCCAGCAGAGUUUAGCAGUUCCACACAUCUCCUGCUCAGGGAACGAAAGUCUUCAGCACCUUCUCACUCCAGUCAGCCCACUCUGUUCACAUUCGAGCCACAGUCCAACCACAUGCACCAGACCACCUUGUCUACCAGUGCCCCCCAAGACUACCUGUUCCUACACCAAUGCAUGAGCCGGAAAUCAGACAGUAUGAGAAGCGCCAGUUUUUCUCAAGCCACGAGGUCCUCCUUUUUUAUGCGCAGUGAUACAGCUGUCCAGAAGUUGGCACAGGGCUAUGGACACUGUUUAAAUGGAGUCAGUGGUCAGGUUCACGGCUUCUAUAGUUUACCAAAACCAAGCCGGCAUAAUUCUGAGCUAAGGGACAGUGCCUAUGAUCUACCGAGAAGCUUUGGCUCAGACACUCCAACCAAAUCAAGCCUUACAGGAUUGGAAUCCGAAAAUGAUGAUGUUUACACAUAUAAAACUCCCAGCAAUACUCUGUGUAAAGAGUUCAGUGAAUUAUCAACAGAUUCCUAUGACCUCCCCGGGACUCCUCAAUCUGUGUACCAAAUCCCACGAACAUUCACCCUGGACAAGAAUCACAAUGCUCUGGGUGUUGCGUCCAGUGACUUCCAUUCUGCUCCUCCACCACGGCCUCCUAAACCGGGACAAGCAGAGACUCGGUGGGGCAGUCCUCAACAGCAACACAAUGGAGAUAAUAUGGACGUUGUAUCUGUGAACAUCCCUCGACGGAACACUUUGCCAGCAAUGGAGAAUAGACGCCACCGAGCCUCCUCCUGUGAAGCUUAUGAUUAUCCUCAAAUUGGUGACUUCAGUGCCGAGCAGUCUGUGGAAUCGAUUAACGAUGGUUUCAACUCUUAUCUGCAAACCAAGUCCUCCAUGGUUCGUUCAGAAAGCGCAGAUUCUGAAGACAACUAUGUUCCAAUGAAUCCUGGAUCCACGUCUCAGUUUAACGCAGAAAAGCUGAAUGACAAUGCACAGAAUGCCUAUAUUCCCAUGAGCCCUGGGCCUCACCACUUUGACUUACUAGGGUUUUCUUCAGCAACACUUCCUGCUCGCAAAGGAAGUACAGCUUCACUAUGUCCAAGGCCAUCUCGCGUGAGUGAGAUUCAACCCCCACCAGUCAACAGGAACCUUAAGCCUGAUAGGAAAUCAAAGCCAACGCCACUGGAUCUCAGAGCCACAGCCAUCAUUGACGAACUUCCCUUCAAGUCUCCGGUCACCAAAUCUUGGUCCAGGCAAACGCAUGGUCUGAAAUCUAGCUCAUCUCAAUACUGCCGCCCAGUGUCCACGCAGAGUAUUACCAGCACCAGCUCAGGGGAUAGUGAGGAAAAUUAUGUUGCCAUGCAAAACCCAGUGUCGGCGUCUCCAGGAACUAGUGGUACAAAUAGUCCAGCGCAGAAAAAAAGUACUGGGAGUGUGGAUUACUUAGCGCUGGACUUUCAGCCAGCAUCACCCAGUCCUCAUCGGAAGCCUUCCACAUCCUCUGUGGCCUCCGAUGAAAAGGUGGACUACGUUCAAGUGGACAAGGAGAAGACACAAGCCUUACAGAACACCAUGCAAGAAUGGACCGAUGUUCGCCAGUCUUCAGAGCCAGCCAAGAGUGGGAAGCCAUAAUGGAUUGUUCCACGCAGACCAUGGUGGGGAGAUGAUGGUCUAUACCAAGUUUAUUCCUCUUCGGUGCGGAAUUUCCAGCUGGCUAUGGGUGGCCAAAUUUCGAGCUGCUGCUGUAGGAUUUUAUCAGAUCCAAUGCAUUACUGAUUUUAUUGCCUGCUGAUGAAUGACGAGCCUUGUGUACCUGAAAAAAAAUGCAGAAUUACGUCAUCGGUAAAUUACUCAAUCAAAUCAACCUCUCUGCUGGAUGUUGGACUGACUAGAUACAUACAAUCCAUUUUAUUUAUACGUGUAUACAUGUAUCUCAAAGGACAUUCUAGAUUAGGUUAUCUCAACAAAACAAGUCAUUGGGUUUGCCCACGAAAAAAUUAUCUGUUAACCAAGCGGGUUAUUUACUAAAAUGAGACUAGCUCAUUUAAAGUGAAUUUCACAGGCAAGUCUAAAAUAGCCAAACUCAUCACAGAAUUGACAUUUACUCUGAACUCCUGCCAAUUCUCACUGCACCCUCAUCUUUAGACUCCAAACCCUCGUAUUCUCCAGACAAAAACAUUGCAGACUAUUGUUUAUGUAUUUUAUUAUUAAUUUAUCUUUUGAUUGGGCACAUAUAACCAGCUAUUUGAGGUAUAUUUUAAUACAGCGUCAUCUAAUGUGGUUUUAAAAGUCUAAUUGGAAACCGCGUACAUUACAAAGGAUUUGUGUAACCAGAAAAGGAAGGAUGAUUACUGUAUUUUGCCAAGAUCAUACACAUUCAACAGAGGAUUGACCAGAAACACAAAUAACUAAUGUGGGUCUGGAGGUGACUUGUCUAUUGUUACCCCAUGAGUGAGUUUUUGAUUUACGUAGACAAUAUUGGGGUUUGUGUGAAAGUAAGAACUUUUUCCAAAAACCUUCAUGUUGCCAUCUUGAAAUGCUACUUUGAUGGUCCCAAAUAUUUUUAAGAGUCAAAUGCUGGGGUGGGAAGCUAUAUAUAUUCGUUAUUCUGAUCCUAAUGGGAUAUCUCUUAUAUUAGUGUUAAGGGUUUCUAAAAUGUUGCUAAUACCAUAGAGUCUUACUCAUAUGAAUCACUCCAUUUGUGCCACAGGUUUAACCAACGACAAUCAAAUUCUCUAUUAUUGGAACCCCAAGGAAUUAAUGUAGAGGGGAGUGGGAAGUACUUGAAGAGUUAAACCUGAAUCCAGUCCCUCUGCAUUUUGUUCUCAGAGUAUUUACCAAAAUCAGCCUUUCCUUCCCCAACUCUGUGUAAUGAGUGAUAGCUUUCCAUGGAUAAAGUGUGCGGCUAUCACGUCCUACAGACCAUGUCUGCCGGCAGAGUCACACUCGUCAAUCUCCCUGGGUUAGUCCUAGAACUUGCUAACUUGGUAUUGAAUAGUGAUCGCUCCCCUUUAACACCUUCCGUUGAUUUGUUUUACUAUGGACUCUCUUACGGGACUCUCCCAAUCAAAUGUCUGGCUGUGUCUCAUUUGAAUCUGGAUUAUUAAAGGUCAACCAUCACUGAUAUAAAGUAUGCCUUGCAAUACUGCAUAGGAUAUACUCAAUAUUAUACUCUAUGGAACUAAGUAAAGUUAAUAGCACUACUCUGGUUCUGUUAUAUA